UCAAAAGGCAAGGGCAGAAUGGGAAUGAGGAAAAAGAAAAAAUUGUAUAUAUAUGGAAGCACACUCCGUGACAGUUGGUUGGCGUGGUGAUUCAUUUCCACAAGAUGGAAGCGUCGCCGCCACCACGAACCAUCCUCGGUAGGUACCAGCUCACGCGAUUCCUUGGCCGCGGCAAAUUCGCCAAGGUCUACCAGGCGCGCUCACUCGUCGACGGCGCCACGGUGGCCGUCAAGGUCAUCGACAAGUCCAAGACGGUCGACGCCGCCAUGGAACCCCGCAUUGUGCGCGAGAUCGACGCUAUGCGCCGUCUCCAGAACCACCCAAACAUCCUCAAAAUCCACGAGGUUCUCGCCACGAAGACCAAAAUUUACCUCGUCGUCGACUACGCCGGCGGCGGCGAGCUCUUCUCCAAGCUCUCCCGGUGUGGCCGCCUCCCGGAGUCUCGGGCGCGGCGCUAUUUCUCCCAACUCGUCUCUGCGCUCCUCUUCUGCCACCGCCACGGCAUCGCGCACCGCGACCUCAAGCCGCAGAACCUCCUCCUCGACGCCGCCGGCGACCUUAAGGUCUCUGACUUCGGCCUCUCCGCACUCCCGGAACACCUCCGUGAUAACCUCCUCCACACCGCAUGUGGCACGCCGGCCUUCACUGCGCCGGAGGUCCUACGCCGCGUCGGCUACGACGGUUCCAAGGCCGACGCUUGGUCCUGCGGUGUCAUUCUCUACAACCUUCUCGCCGGCCACCUCCCCUUUGACGAUUCGAACAUUCCUGCCAUGUGCCGCCGAAUAUCCCGCCGCGACUAUCAAUUCCCGGCGUGGAUCUCAAAAUCCGCGCGCAGCCUCAUCCACCAAUUGCUGGACCCAAAUCCUAAAUCGCGAAUUUCGCUUGACAGAGUUUUCGAUAACAGAUGGUUAAGGGAUAAGAAGCAUGUUUGAUAUAAUGUGUUGGAGGAGAGUGUUGUGGAGUCUGAUUUAUAUAACAAGUGCUGCGACGGUUACAAAUUGGGGAUGAACGCUUUUGACAUAAUAUCAAUGUCGUCGGGGUUGGACUUGCGAGGGCUGUUCGAAACGACGUCGGAGAAGGGGAGGCGGAGGGAGAAGAGGUUCAGUUCGGAGAAGAGCGUGGGAACGGUGGAGGCGAAGGUGAAGGAGGUUGGGGAGAGGUUAGGGUUUAGGAUUGAGGUUGGAAAGAACGGUGUAAUUGGGCUAGGAAAGGGGAAAGUGGGUUUGGCAGUUGAGGUGUUUGAGAUUGUGUCUGACUUGCUCCUUGUUGCUAUUAAAGUUGUAGAUGGUGCUAUGGAGUUUGACCAACUUCAUUGGGAUGAUUGGAAACUUGGCCUUCAAGAUGUUGUUCUCUCAUGGCAUCACAAUGAGUAGAGCUCCCAACAGCAGAGUACUCUGUUUUACUACUGUUUUGCACUAUAGAAUGAUCAAGUCUUGUGUACAUAAGCAGAAUCAGUAGCACAGUUUCAUCUCA